AUGCCCCCAACGAAGCGCAUUCGACUACAGGCGGGAGACUCAGCCGCUGAGGCGUUCUGCGGCGCUUUUCCAACGAUCGAACACUUUCUCACGACGACUGAGGAGGACUGGAAGCGCGGCAGCGGCAACAAAAGCAGGACCAUCCAGGGGCAGUCCACAGAUCUCUACGAAAUUGGAAUCCAGUACUUGGAGGACCACGUUGCACCGCCGGUGAUCUCUGGGACAGCGCUUCUCAAGAGUCUACAAACCACCAGCAAGCUUUUGUCGACCGGCUGCGAAAGUCUUGACAACUUGCUGCGGGGGGGUGUUCGAGGAGGCCACCACACCGAGCUCGUCGGCCCCUCGGCGUCCGGCAAAACGCAGCUGUGCUUGUCGGUCGCCCUGUCGAGUGCGAGGCGCGGAUCAAGGGUCGUCUACAUCGACACGUCCAACAGCUUCUCCGGCAGCCGCGUCGCGAGCAUCAACGAAUCCAGGGGCCCUUGUGGGACUCCCUUGAAGGCUGUGCUGGGCAACAUUACAGUGUACCACUCGCACGACAUCUUCUCGGUGCUGCACGUGUUGGACGAGCUGGCGCUGCAGAUGAGCAAAGUUCUUGACGGGGCCCAGCUGCCUGAGGUGUUGGUGCUGGACUCUGUGUCUUCUGUUGUGACGCCUGUCCUGGGGGGCGGCCAGAGGCACAGCCACGGCCACACGCUCAUGGUCUCUCUUGGGCGCAUGCUCAAGGUGGUGGCUGAGAGUUUUGGCAUGGCGGUGGUUAGCACCAACCACGAGGUGGGUGGGCCCAGCCGGCCGCGGCCUGCUCUGGGGGACAGUUGGCUCAAUCAGCCCCACCUAAGAAUCCACCUGUCCAAAGUUGCCGGCGAGGCAGAUGCAUGCUACGCCACUGUGAAAACGUCGGCAGUGUUGCCUCGAGACAAGAGCACGGUAGUGAGGUUGUGUGCCGGGGCUGGGGUUGUGUCUGCACAUUAG